AAGGGCUGGAAAUUUGUCUGCGAGAGCAACCACGUGUGUGCACACAUCCUGGCACAUGGAUACAGCUGCUGUGUGGACCCACACCAGCUGCGUGGACCCACACCUGCUGUGUGGACACUGGCCACGCAUCUGGACCUCAUCCCUCCUGGCGACUGUGUUGUCCCAGCUCGCCCUUGUCACUCGCGUGGCACCAUACCCUGGGCCCACCCCAAUCUCUACCCUGCUGCCCUAUCCGCCCCACAGUGCCUGCCCCACCAUGAUGCCCAUCCCAAAGUGCCUGGGGACGGCCAGACAGCAGGAGGUCUGCUCCAGCCACUCUCCUGACCUAGCCAGCUGCCUUGGUUUACACAGUGGUCCACGCAGCGUUUUGUUGAGAGGCUGAGGAUUGACAUGAAUGUGUCUGAGGCAAGGUCAGCUUCCUGAGGGUCCCCCACACCCCAGCAGGGAGAAUUGGUGCCAGGAAAGAUUGAGCCAUGUGAGGAGAGGGUGCUAGGCAGGGGGCUCUGGCCUCUGUGGGUGGCCUGGCCACACAGGAGGGAGGGGGCAGGCAAGACCAGCUCUGAGGACCUGGCCUGACCCUGUCCUUCUGAUGUCCCCGUGAUCUUCGCACUGGGGGAGGGAUCUUAAUGGAUGACCGGCUGUGCCCAGCCUGAGGUUGGUGGCCACCAGGAGUCGGGGGGCGCUAAGGGGCUGGGAUGUAGGCAGGAGAGAGUCUCCAGUCGGGACUGGGGACCCCAGGCUUCUACUUCCUCCCGCUCCUCCCCCGCCAUCCCGCCCCUCCCCCACAGCCCUUAAAGUCACAUCCUGCAAGAACAGCCCCAGACUCUGAGGAGACUGAGGAUGUGCGAGGGGACGCGGCUGUUGGUGCCCUGCAUGGCCCUGCUGCUCCUGGCACUGGCACUCAGCUGUUCGGCCACGCUCAACUGCAAGGGGCCCACCUACCCCAGCGGCAGCAGGUGCUGCAAUGAGUGCCAGCCUGGUUAUGGGAUGGAGAGUCGCUGCGAUGACUCCGGUGACACCGUGUGCCAGCUGUGCAAGCCCGGUUACUACAAUGAGGCUUUCAACUAUGAGGCCUGCAGGCCCUGCACGCAGUGCAACGAGAGAAGUGGAAGUGAGUCCGUGCAGAGCUGCACACCCACGAGGGACACUGUCUGCCACUGCAGGCCGGGCACCCAGCCCCAGGGCGGCUACAAGCCAGGAGUCGACUGCGCCCCCUGCCCACCGGGACACUUUUCCCCGGGCCACAACCAGGCUUGUAAGCCCUGGACCGACUGUACCUCCACUGGGAAGCGCACCCUGCAGCCAGCCAGCAACAGCUCAGAUGCAGUCUGUGAGGACAGAAGCCCUCCGGCCACCACGCUAGUUUGGAGCACCCAGCACCUCCCAGCCCUACCCACCCCUGCCCAGCCCACCACUGCCCAGCCUGAGGCCUCACAAAGGCCUCCUGAAGCUCCAACAGGCCCCCCCAGGGGCCCUGCGCUGGCUGCCAUCCUGGGCCUGAGCCUGGGCCUGGGCCUGCUGAGUGCCAUGGCUGCUGUGCUAGUCCUAAUCCUGUACCGCCAGGCCUGGAGGCCGCCACCCACUGCCCUGAAGCCCCCUGGGGGCAACAGCUUCCGGACCCCCAUCCAAGAGGAGCAUGCCGAUGAGUACUCUGUCCUGGCCAAGGUCUGAACGGAGCCAGCGCCCCCUCCCCAAGCCGCAUUCAGAAGGUUCUGGCUGGACCAAGCCGCUGCCACUGCUCCCUGAACCCCUGUGUCCCCUCUGCGCCGUUUUAGGCGUUUCUGGGCUGGCCCCUGGGCUCCAGUACGUAUGUCGUGCAUACUCCUGCCCAGACUGCCCCCAAUAAAGACUUUAUACACGUGGGUCUCCCGAGGACACCAAGGGCUAAAGGCGCACACCCACGGGGGGCGGAUGCGGGUGCAUACACCAAGAGGGAGAUGGAGGGACACACACCCAUGGGGAGUUAUGGGGGGCAGGGGGUGCACACUCACUGGGGAGUGAGGAGCAUGCCCCCACGGGGUGGUAGGGGAAUGGGGGCAUGCAGCCAAGGGGGAAAAGGGGCACACACAACCACGGGGGAGACGGAGGGAUGUGCAGCCAUGGAGGAGGCAUGGGGGGCAGGGGAGUGCAUACUCACUGGGGAGUGGGGGGCAUAUACCUUCAGGGGAGAAGGGAGGUAGAGGGGGAUAUGUUCACUGAGGGACAGGAGUCUCGCACCAAUGGAGCUGAUGGGGGAUGGAAGAUACACACCGAUUGGGAGGGGGUGGGGACAGGUGACACACACCCAUGGGGGACUAGAGGGGUGGGGGCAACGCAUCCAUGGGCAAGAUGGGGCCUUGUCCAUUUCUGGCUAGGAGGGGUCUGGGCCAAGGCAUUCUGGGCAAUAGGACACUUCACCACUCGAAAGGCCCCAUCCUCCCCAUUCUCUGGGCUUGGAACAUCCUGGGGUUUGUAGGGGGGCAGGGGGUGAAUAAAAAGUCCAAAAUAAGUGUCCUCAGAAAAAGCAGCCCCACGGUUUGUUGAAUGAGCACCAAGAGAAGCCCGACCUGGCCUGCAGCACUGUGCUGCAGGCUAGGGGCAGCAGUAGCACCCGCCGAUGGGGACAUUGGACCACCAGCCACCUUGGGUCCCUGUUCACCCUUCCGAGGGGUGACACGGGUAUCAGCCCCCCAUGUAGACCCCAUGCAGCUGGCAGAACUGUGACUAGGACCCCAGCUUGAGAUGAAUGGGCAAAGGAGGAGGGGUGCCAUCACAGGUCCUCCUGAGCCUACCACCCGGCCUGGUGCCCCUGCAGGCAGGGGUAGUGAUGGCAAGCCAUGCGGAGAGCUGGUGACCCCUGACAAGGCCACCAUCGGGCACUCUGGGCACCUGCUGUCUUAUCCCUAGGAGCAUACCUGGCAGAGGAGCAUGAGUGAACAGAAUGUCCUUAAAACUUUAAUCCAUGUAGACCCAGGCUGGGAACCCAAAUGCCCAUCAGCAGUAGGAUGACCCAUAAACUGCAGCUUGUUCAGAUGGGAAGACGCUGGGCCCGAAAAGAACAUAGCUCCUGUAACAAUGCCCCUGCGGGCAGCGUUUCAGAAGAACCCAGACCCCGUGAGGACUGGGGCUCCCUGGGGCAGCGCACUUGGGCUGCACAGGAGCCACAUGUGGAAAUGCACUAGCCGUCUGUGCCCUAUCCUACAUGCAGGCCACACCUGUGAGAAAGCUCACAAGUGCGGGACAAGUGGCCAGGUGUUAGAGAAACUGAAGCAUUUGCCCACAAAGUGAGAGCAGAAAAAUUCACAAAAACAUUAAUAAAAAUGGAGCCACACAAGAGGUAGAAGAAGACAAUGUGUGUGUUUCUGAGCUGAGGUGAGAGGAUUCUCCCUUCCCACCUGGUCAGAUGUCCGGCUGGCUGAGUCUCCUAAGGCCAGCCCACAUGUGUCCCUGGAGGAUAAUGAGCUGCUCACAAGGUCUUGGCAAGCACAGAAGAGCAGAUAAAGUCAUCCUCAAUCCCCCCACUCAGUUACAGACACUCCACUCAUUCACUCAGAUACCGCGUGCUAAGCAGACACCCAGGUACACAGCACACAGGGGACUCAGGUACACAGGAUAUAUAGGUAUACAAAGCACUCAGGUAUGCAGGAUAUACAGGUACACAGAGCACUCAGGUACAUAGGGUACUCAGGGUACACAUACACAGGGCACUCAGAUACAACAGGGAACUCAGGUACACAGGGUACUCAGGGUACAUAACACACAGAGCACUCAGGUACAUGGGGUACACAUACACAGGGUACUAGGGUACACAAGGCACACAGUACACAUACACAGGUUAGUUGGGGACAUAGGGCACACAUGUACAUGGGGUACUCGGGUACACAGGGUACACAGCAUACCAGGCAUAGAAGUGUGGUGCAGUGGAUUGCUUUAAUAUGUUCCUUCUAGCCACAGUCUUGUAACUCCUGCAAAAUGAUUGGGUGGGACUAUGCAAAUAAGGUGCUUGUGGCCCACAAAAGGGAUUGGACAGUUUUGCUAGCGCAAAUAAGGUGUAUGGAACACUUGCAGGGGUGGGACCAUGCAAAUAAGGUCAGUUUUACCAUUCCCCUAGGCUUAAAGGGAGCCAAUCCCAAGGUUGGAGGGGGGCUUCACUACCAUUAUGAAGGUUAAUACCCGCCCCCCCAAAAAAACCAAACCCAGUGCUAUCAAGUCAAUUCCAACUCAUAGCGACCCUACAGGACAGAAUAGAACUGCCCGAUAGAGUUUCCAAGGAACACCUUGUGGAUUUGAACCACCAACCUUUUGGUUAAACAGCUGUAGCACUUAACCACUACACCACCAGGGUUUCCAUGAAGGUUAAUAUUAUGUGUCAAAUUGAUUAGGCUAUUAUUCUCAGUGGUUUGGCAGCCAUUGGACUGAUUGCAUUUCUAUAAUGUUAUAUAUUGUAAUCUCAUUCAUGAUGUGAUCUGGUGCAGUCAAUCAAAUGUGAUCAGCCAAUCAGUUGUAAGGGACGUUUCCUCAGGGGUGUGGCCUGCAUCCAAUAUAUAUGGACCUUCUGGCAAAGCUCGCCAGUUUGCUCUGGAUUUUGCAUCUAACUCGUCAGCCGCUGACCUCCGGUUCUUGGGACCUGAGCCAGCAGCCUGCUGCCUGACCUGCAGAUCUUGUGAUUCACUGUCUCCCACAACCACAUGAACCUGCAGCCUUCUGCCUUACCUGCCAAUUUUGGGUUCAUCAGUCUGUGCAACCACAUGAGUCAGAAGAAGCCUCUAGCCUGUCAGCCUCCUCAACUUCAUGAGCCAUUUCCUUGAGAUAAAUCUCUCUCUAUGUAUUUAUAUACUCUUCACUUGUUUUUCUGCUCUAGAGAACCCAGCCUAAAACAUUUGGUACCAAGAAUGGUUCUAAAGGAACAAAAUGGGAAGGAUUUUUCUGAACUGGUUCUCAAGUCUAGCUAGCCUUAAAGGCACUGAUGACUCUGUCUCCAGUAGUAAAGAGGGCACUGCUAAUCCAUUGCAUGAAGUGGCAAUAGAAACACGCAAAAUAUCAUCUCCAAUGGAUCAAAUAUUUGUGAAAGACAAGGCUCUGGGUGACUGCAUAAUUGAUACUUUUCUAUACCUUUGUCAGAAUGAGAAGUAUAAGGAAGCUAGUUGGUCCCACUUUUGCUAGACAAAGUGUUGAAAGAAAGAGAUGAGCUCAGGGCUUCAGAGUCACAGCUUGUCAUGGAUUGAAUUGUGUCCCCCCAAAAUAUCUGUCAACUUGGCUAGGCCAUGAUUCCCUUGUAUGACUGUCUACCAUUUUAUCUUCUGAUAUAAUUUCCCUCUGUGUUAUAAAUCCUAUCACCAUGAUGCAAUACAAUGGAUUAGCUGCAGUUAUAUUGAUGAGGUCUACAAGAUUAGAUAGUGUCUUAAGCCAAUCUUUUUUGAGAUAUAAAAGAGAGAAGUGAGCAGAGAGAUGUGGGGACCUCAUACCACCAAGAAAGCAGCUCCAGGAGCAAAGUGCGUCCUUUGGACCUGAGGUUCCUGCGCUGACAUGCUCCCAGAGCAUAGGAAGAUUGAUGCAUCACAAGGACCUUCCUCCAGAGCUGAGAGAGAGAGAAAGCCUUCACCUGGAGCCAGCGCCCUGAAUUUGGACUUCUAGCUUACUGAACUGUGAGAGAAGAAACUUCCCUUUGUUAAAGUCACCCACUUGUGGUAUUUCUGUUAUAGCAGCACUAGAUGACUAAGACACAGCUCAGGUGCCAUAUAAAAGAUCUGAAAGUUGCCACUUGUGCCCUGAAAAAAAGCCCUGUUUUUUGUAGUAACAGAGCUGAUGCUGACGAAAACCAAACCGAGUUUAUCGUUAGAGUGGCUGAAUUACAAUGCCAGUUCAAUUCCCAACUUUAAUGGUGUCUGGAGUUAAAGUGAGGGCAUUGAUUGGGGAGAAAUGGGAUCCUGAAACUUGGAAUGGGGACAUAUAGGCAAAUAAUCAGGAAGCUGGGGAUACUGAGCCCCUAAAUUCUGUUGAAUCACUCCUGCCAACAGAACCAGCCCUCUUACUACCGUCUGAAAAGAUUACUCCAUCUUUGUUGGCUAGGCCACCCUCCCCAGUAAAACUAUCAUGUCUUCCACUACCUCCAUUUGAUGAGAUCAACCCAGCUGUGUCUGAAGAGCCUUUGUCUGAUAUAUCACCUGGGGAGGUAUCUGGGCCAUUGCCUGGGGUAUCACCUGAGGCAGAUAUAUUACAAGACAUUGCUGAACCCCAUAACCCACCCUCACCACUCAUUUUUGCUUCUAGACCUAGAACUAGA